AACGCUUCUUCCGGGUUGUCGUUGACGGGUCAGAGGUCGCAGCACAUUCGUUUGUUGUGCUUCUGCUCUGGGCUCCUGCUUGUCGCUGUAACCGGGCUGAGCCAGUGAUGUGAUGGCUUCCCUGGGCUUGUUCCUGAGGAGGCAGCUGCCGCAGGCCCUGGCCCACUACGCCCGGGUGGUGAAGCUCCGGCGCCGGUCUCCAUGCGCCGGGGCCCCGCCGCUGCUGCUGCUGCGGAGGCUGCACGGCCCGGGCCGGCUGCGGAAUGUGGAGAAGGGACCGUGGGGGAAGAGCCGGGGGCCGGAGCUCCAGCAGCAGCAGUACCCGCUCACAGACCUCGAUAAGGCGGACGCUUUGAUGCUGAGAAAGUCCCAUGAAACAGGAUUCCUGUCGUGGUUCAGGAACGGUCUGCUGGCCACUGGGAUCGGAGUCAUCGCAUUCGUCCAGAGUGAAGUGGGCCGAGAAGCCGGCUACGCCUUCUUCAUCCUGGGAGGUGUGUGCGUGUCGUUUGGCGGCGCCUCUUACCUCGGCAGCAUCUUCGCCCUGCGGAGGAUGAUGCAGCUGUCUGUGCCAGCGCUGCUGCUCCAGGGGGCCGCGGUGGGCAGCGUCGCCCUCUUUUGGCUCUGCGCGGUAUCUCUCUACAUCGGCCGCCUGGAGGUGGAGAUCAUCCACGAUGAGGAAGAGGGGGAGGGAGAGGAGGACGACGAGUGCCGUGAGUGCCGCGAGAGGCGGGAACUCCGGGGCUACAGAGGCUCCCACAGCAGUGAGGACAGUGACAGCAGGGGGCCGACGAAGUAGACAACUUCCAGGGAUGGAGUGUGUGUGUGUGUGUGCGUGCGUGUGUGCGUGCGUGUGCAGGCUGGCUGUGAGUUUAUAGAUUCUGUUCAAACCUGCUGUCCCUUGUUAUACAGAUGUAUUCUGAUAAUUUCUUAUCACACAUAUUCAAAGCAUAUCUGUCUGAAAAUUGUAAUUCACACCAAAUAUUUGCCAUCUUCACAUUGACGGGCACGUUGCAGAGACUCUUUGUGAACAUUGUGUUUGUUCAAGUUUACUUUUCAGGGUGCUUUAUGCUACAUUUCUCUUCUCAGACAACUGUUGCUCAGAUUGUGUCUGUCUUACUUUGUUCUGUGACUGAUUUACUGCAGUUUGCAUAAAAGACGUGAAAUAAAAUACGCUGGAUUUGAAAAGCUGUGUGGGUGCUGGAAAAAUAUUUAAGUCUUUUUUUCUGUUAUUCAAUGACGGCUUGGAGUUUAUUUUUAGAGGUUUAAAUGACCCUGUGAAGUAAUUUUUUUAUUUUUAUUUGUAAGGACAACAGCACUUUUGUCGGUUUUUAUUCAUCAUAACACAAACUUUAGACCUUUGGGGUAUGUUUUUUACAUCUUUGCCUGUGGUUAUAUAUUUUGUUCGGUAUUGGUACAUUACAUGUUCAGUACCUAAAUGUACAAACCAUUUUACCCUUGCGAGUGAACAUCACAUCAUCUGGUGAUCGCUGUAAUGGCUUUUUUUCAUAAUUUAAAGAACAGUUGAAGGCAUGGAUAAGUUAAGUAAUUGAUUGGUGUGGGAAAAUGUGGUUUGCCAUUAUUAACUUUUGUGUGUGUGCACCACUUUCAGUGCACGCUACUGUAUAUACUGUAAUAAAGCCAGAUUGGAUCUGUGCUGACACAGAUAAAGAA